CACUCCCGGGACCCCCCAUCCCCAUCCCUCUCCUUUACAAAGCAAGAGCCCAGAGACGUUUGGUUUCUCAGCGCCCAACGCACAGUGCCCAAAUUCGAUUAACGGCCAGUGUUGUGGGAUUUAAAAUCCUUCCUCAAUGAAGUCCCAUCUUUUCCUUCCUUGCUCACCUGAUGGUCCUUGACGGAGGCCCCCAGUAGAGAGGGAAGCUUAGAUCCUGGAAGCCAGUGAUUCCGGCUCCGCACUUGGCGCACAUUCUCUCUCCCAGGUUUCCGGUGAAGGGAGCUGAUCGCCCCUCUCUGGGGGCCACCCCAACCCACCCUAGAAGCCCUUCGUCCCAGAGGAGCAUUCCAGAAAACCCAAUCUUGCAGCUGAGAAAAGCCUGGAAUCAUAGACCUAAACCAGUGAAAAAUCCUGCUGAGCUAUGGGCAAGGCAUUCUCCCAGGUAACCUCUCAACAGGAUGAGGACAAGUCAAUCCUACCUGCCAACAAGCCUGCCAACUACUUGAGCACCGGCAGCAACAAGCCACCGUGCUCCGGUGUGCUUUAUGCAAGGGCUGCUGGUGCUGGCUUUGUGAUUUGUCCUACCUGCCAAGGCAAUGGGGAGAUCCCCCGAGAGCAAGAGAAGCAGCUGGUCGCCCUCAUCCCUUAUGGAGACCAAAGGCUGAAGCCCAGACACACGAAGCUCUCCGUGUUCCUAGCCGUGAUCAUCUGCCUGUUAGCCUUCACCCUCACCGUCUUUUUCCUGUAUCCACGAUCCAUUGCCGUGUAUCCGAUAGGCCUCAACUCCUCCAUGGUGACCUUUGAUGAGACUCAUAUACGACUCAACAUGACGAAUAUCCUGACCAUUGCCAACAGCAACUUCUAUCCCAUCACCGUGACACAGCUGACUGCAGAGGUUCUCCACCAGACCUCUGUGGUAGGCCAGGUUACCAGCAGCCUCUGCCUGCACAUCGGUCCUUUGGCUAGCGAACAGAUGCCUUACAAAGUUGCCAGCAGUAUUUUGGAUGAAAACACAUACAAAAUCUGUGCACAGCUGAAAGUCAAAGUCCACCAUAUCCUUUUGCAUAUCCAGGGUUCUCUUACCUGCUCCUACCUGAGCCAUCCACAGCAGCUGCCCUUUGAGAGCUUUGAAUAUGUGGACUGCAGGGAAAACAUGUCAGUGCCCCUCCUGGAGAUUGCUCGCCCAGCCUGACCUAUCUGCAGCCCCUGUACUCCAGACCCCAGCAGGCUGGUCUACAUCCCAACUCCAUGGAGCUCAAGGAAGGAUUAGUGACUUCACUGAAGAAAACAGAAGUAUCUGGUUUUAUUGUGCCUUCCCCUGACACCCUCAGCCAAAGGAACUUCUUUAGCAAUGCUAUGGGCACCAACUCCUCAGGUGUCCGGGAGUCACUUCUGAUGGGUCUUCCAUGGUGUUGAGAAACAUCUGACCUGGCAUUGUCUUGGGGCUGAACAUGUUGCUUCCCUGGCUCUACCAGGGUGGGUCUUCAGUUGGAAUGGAGAGAAAGCUGUAAUUUUAUCUAGAUUUUUUUUAACAGCACAGAUGGAUCCUUUUCAUGUUCUCACAGUAGCAAGUGGCUUUGAGGACAUCCAGUGCUGACUCCAAGGUCUUUUUAGGUGACUGUAAAUGUUCUCUUGUGCUGUCUGCUUUGGGCAUGUGAUAGUGAUGGUGAUGGCCACUUCUCUCAGCCUGCAGACUACACCAUCUCACCCUCUUCUCUGUAGAACAUGUUACCUUCAUAGCAGAAGCUAAGUAGCUGAGGAGAAGCCCUCUGGUCCACCCUAGACCAAAGGCUGAGUCAAAAGUAUUAAAGGAAAUUUUCUAAGCCCAGGUGGACACAGGGAGGUCAGACAGUAGAGUAGGCCCAGCGACUGUUGAGAAAGCCUGAAGACAGGAAGCUGUUGCUGCCAGGGCAAAGCUGUGGGGCUCCCAUGGGUCCUCUGCGUCAGGCCCGCCCUCUGUUCCCAAGGCCUCUGCUGUCCUCUGGGCCUUGAAUGAAGAGUAACAGAUUCACCGGAACUGGACUGUAUCUUUCCUUGUCUGUCACUGCACUGGAACCAAACCCCAGGUGACUCCCAGUUUCUCACCAGACUCCAAAUAAAAGUGUAUUGCCAGAGA